GCUGCUCUCAUGAUACAGCCGUGGAUAUAACCUUACCAAACUUUGAAUUAAAUGUAUGAUAGAUAGCUGAGACAGCUGGGGAUACGGCUUAAUAAUUUCACAUUUUUUCUUAAUAGGCACGCUGCCCGUGUUGCAAUAUGAUGACUAGUAGAUGCACGGUGCGUGCCUGCGCCACCUGUGCCGCCAAAGAGCGCAAACCCUUCGUGUUGCCAAAGGUAAAAAAAACAGUCUGUGUGUCCACAUCAAACGACAUCUUCCGCAAUCUGGCGCUGGAGCAUUGGUUCUAUAAGAAUCUCAAAUUCGACGAGCACCAUCACAAGCUCAUGUUGUGGGUGAACGGACCAUGCGUCGUAAUUGGCCGUCAUCAAAACCCAUGGACGGAAUGCAAUGUGCCGUGGCUUGCUGCAAACAAAACGCAUCUAGCGAGACGCAACAGCGGUGGCGGCACAGUGUACCACGACGGAGGCAAUCUGAAUUUAACAUUUUUCACACCCAACGAACAUUAUCACCGCAGGAGCAACCUGCAGUUUAUAUCCGACACAAUUUACCAGGACUUUGGCCUCCGGAUGGACAUCAAUAAACGCGAGGACCUCGCCGUGCGCGGUUACAAAGUUUCGGGAACGGCGGCGAAGUUAGCACGCCAUUGCGCUUAUCACCAUUGCACAUUGCUAGUCGCCGCAGAUAAACAGAAUCUGCGAUCUGCGCUUCAGCCCUCAGACUGGAACAUCACGACCAACGCAACACAGUCGAUCAAGUCGAACAUUCGCAACUUGCGCGAUGAGUGCGCUGACAUCACCGUAGAUGGCUUGGUUCACUCGCUGGCACGUGGUUAUUUGAACUGGAAUAAUACCAAUGCCAACAGCGACCAGAUAACAGAUUCACUUCAAACGGUAGCCCCUAGCGAGACACACUUCCCAGGCCUUGAAACAUUUUACAAUGAGUAUAAAUCCUGGCAGUGGACAUUUGGCAAGACCCCAAAGUUCAGCGCCUCGAAAACAUUCAAGCAUCACGAAGUGUCAUUCGAGCUCGCGAUUCAAGUAGAAGAGGGCCUUAUAUCCGACGUGGAUGUAAAAGUACCAAACGGUUAUCCUGACUACCAAAUUGUGCGGCAAUUGCAGGAUACACAGGCAAUCGUCGGGCAGAAGUACGACGUUGAGUUAAUAUCACGACUCGGGAAAGUCUUCCAAGAAACUUUACAGGUUUCAUCCCAGCAUUUAGAUAGUGCAGUUGUUUAGACAAUUAAAAAAAACAUGUAGAUAUAUAAAUACUCACCAAACAAGCAUACAAAGUGCUGAAAAAUGUGUACAAUCUUUGGACUGGUCUGUGUGAGGUUUUGUCCGCAUUGCAAAGCCAUUGCAGGGCUGAAAUGCUAAUGCAGCCAUCAAAUGUGCCUGCUCUAAAUGGGCAUCCCUGGCCCAUAUCAGAAAGAAUCACAUCACCCUCUACUUCUCUUUCUAUAGCAAUAUCUGGUAAUGAUAAUUAAAUUAAUAACUGCAA